AUGGAACUCACCGGGUAUCACCUGAGUCUUGCUUUCCUGAUAACUGGGUUUUUUCUGUUACCUGGCACAAGUGCCAACUACACUGACCUCUGGACUAACAAUACUGUCUGGGAUCCAGUUAUUCAAAACAAGACAGGCAAAAACCAAGACAUAAACAUUAACACAACUGCAAUGCCUGAAGCAGAUUACAGAGGUAAUUCUACAAGCAUACCUGAAAUGCCAACAUCAUCUCGCAUAUCGUUAACUUCUAAAACUGAUCAGAUCUACACAACCCUAGUGAUGAGGAACAGUUCAACGGUACAGAACAAUGAAGACACAAGCAAAAGUCACAAUGAAAUUUUCGAAAAGGAUGUCUGUGAUGAAAAUGGUAACAAAACAGCCAUGUUAAUUUGCUUUAUUAUAAUAGCAGUGCUUUUUCUUCUCUGUACUCUUCUAUUUCUAUCAACUGUAAUUCUGGCAAACAAAGUCUCAUCGCUUAGAAGAUCAAAACAAGCAGGCAAGCGUCAGCCUAGAAGCAAUGGUGAUUUUCUGGCAAGCAGCGGUCUUUGGCCUGCUGAUUCAGACACUUGGAAAAGGGCAAAGCAGCUUACAGGGCCUGGCCUAAUGAUGCAAUCCACUGGAGUGCUCACAGCUACGAGGGAAAGAAAAGAUGAAGGAGGAACUGAAAAACUCACUAACUAACAGAUGCUUCACUAG